UUAUAGAGUCGAGAAGGGGAAGUCGAGUCCCCAGCACCGAGUCCACCAGCUUGCACAGAACCGCACCCUGUUUCAGAACAGAGUCUCACUCUGAAUCAGCGACUCGCUGCGCACAGCACACGCCGGGUCCCCAGCGCUCCUUCACGGUACCGCACAGCUCGAUUCGCCGCUCCAUUCCCACGAUGACGCGGGGCUUGCUCUACCUAACCGCGUUCUUUACGGCCGGUCUGGCAAAGACAGCAGUGGAGUUCAGUGGCGAGCCCCACUCCCACACGGCCAUCCUGGGCGAGACCACCACAAUGACAUGCCACGUGCACCCCAAGGUCAGGAGAAGUGACCUGGCCUGGGUGAAACUGUGGAAGCCGGCGGGGAACAGCACGGAGACGAUCAACAUGACGGACAGCGACUUCGUCACCGUCGCAAGCAACGAAACGGCCAGCACCUUGAAGAUGCGGGACCUGAAACGCAAUGACAGCGGGCUGUACCAGUGUGUCCUGAGAGAGGGGGCGGACCAGCAGUUCUCUCACGGGACCUACCUUCGGGUCAUCAGGCCCGCACCCCCCAGGCUGCUCAACAUGAGCGAGGGGGCGAAGAACAAACUGAUCACAGCACAGGGGAUCAUACUGCUGCUGUGUGUCCUGCUGCCUGGGACCGUGCUGCUGUACCAGACAAAACAAAGGAAUAUGAGAAGCUAUGAGAUGAAGUACAACAAGGAAGAGGAGGAGAAUAUCUAUGAGGGUUUGAACCCGGAGGAUUUUUCCCUGUAUCAUGAUCUGACCCAUACUACAGUGCGGAGCCCCUACCAGGACGUGGGGAGCAUGGGGAGCAUGCAGGGCUACGACACACAGCUGGAGAAACCAUGAGCCAACCGGAACACACACCAGAACCGGAACACAGAACACACACCCCGGAACACCGGAACCAGAACACACAACACAGAACACACACACCCCGGAACCAGAACACACAACACAGAACACACACCCCGGAGCCAGAACACGGAACACACACACCGGAAUCGGAACACACACCAGAACAGGAACACAGAACACACACCCCGGAACACCGGAACCAGAACACACAACAUAGAACACACACACCCCGGAACACCGGAACCAGAACACACAACACAGAACACACACACCCCGGAACCAGAACACACACACCUGAACCAGCACACACAACACAGAACACACACACACCGGAACCAGAACACAAACACCUGAACCAGCACACACAACACAGAACACACACACACCGGAACCAGAACACAAACACCUGAACCAGCACACACAACACAGAACACACACACCCCGGAACCAGAACACAAACACCUGAACCAGCACACACAACACAGAACACACACACACCGGAACCAGAACACAAA